GCCCCAGGCGUCACUCUCAAUUGCAAUUGCAACCGCCUGACACGGCCGUCGAGCACCAUCGCAACUGUCCUCUUCGGCUCGACAUUCUACCUUUGUCUGGUUAGUGACAUCAUGUCCUACCUUCAGCACCAUGACUGCCAGAGUCGUUUGGUCCCCAACUUUGAAAAUGCCGCACGGACUCAUGUCUAUAUUCGUUUGCCGAUUUUGCCCAUCUUCCCGAUCGAGCUUGGAAACGAAAGGCCUCUCGCCGGACAAAUGGUCUCCGGCCCGGGCCAAACCGGUGGCGGACAGGCUGUGGUCAGACCGGCUCCGAGCACCGACCUGCAUGCCCAUUGGUCAAGGCCCGUGCUUCAGGCGUCACAGUCAGCCAACAUGUAUCUGGCCGAGGCGAUCUGG